AUGGUUAGAUCAUUUGUCGGAGGUCUGGAAAUUAUCGUCAGCUUGCUGCAUUCGGAGCAUGUAAACGUGCGGGCAGCAGUUUGCGGAGCUAUCUCAAAGAUUGCCAUGGACGAGGAGAACCUGGCCGUUAUUACAGACCAUGGUGUCGUGCCCCUGAUUUCAUCCCUCUCUCACACGGUAAACCGAAACAACUGUUUAGUUUGUCUUUUUUGCUUAAAGAGCUCGAAUGUGUUGUGUUUUUAUGCUUUCAACAGUUUUGGCCUAAUUUUAUAUGCAUGUUUGUUUUGUAUAUAUCCUGGGAGGGUGUAA